UGUAUUUUCUUAUUUGAAUAUCUUCAGCAUUGAAUGGAAUGUUCCAAAGUUUGGGUAAUUGAAAUGACAAUUAUAAAUUAGAUAGGACUGGAAUAUAUUUAUCAUUUACUCACAAUAUUAGACGGGGUAGCGUAUGUUUUAUUGAAUCAAGGUCGGCUGGUCGUAAAUCUUAAUAUUUAUAUUACAAUUACAAAAAAAAUAAUAUAAAUGUAUGAUCUUUUUUAAUUAUCUUCAGCAAUUAUAUAGUUAUUAAGAAAAUCAUUGAAAAACCGUACAAUCUAUUUACAGCAAUUCACAAUUUAUAUAAUAAUAUAAUUAUAGCCAUUCAACUGAAACAUUAUCUGGAAACUUAUCGAUUACCUGGAAACUUAUCGAUUAUCUGGAAACUUAUUGAUUUUAUGAAAACUUAUCGAUUAUCUGGAAAGUAUCGAUUAUAAUUCGUCAAAUUUCAAUCGAUUUUACUAAGGUAGAUUCUAUUUAUAUAUAAUGACGAGUUCGACUGUAACAAUACGUUUUGUAUACGCUUUAUUUUUAGCAGGUAACUUUGUAAAACAUUUACAUAUAUUACAUACACGUAGUAUAGUUGCAUUGACUUAAAUCAUCAGAUGCAUGGUAGAGAGUAUCAUUUUCCAAUGUAUCUUUACACAACAACAACCACAACAACAACAACAACAAUCAAACGUGCAAUAUAUGACAUAAAUGUAAUUUUAAACCAAGGUCGUCAUAAGAUGCAUAUUGUAUAUAUAAAUAUAACGUUGUAUAGCUGUUAACAUCGUUGAUUCUAAUUAAUUAGUUAACCGUUUUAAAGGAAAUCAGGUGCUGAGAAACGUCAAGGACUUAAUUAAUAUUUAAAAGAUGCAAAACGGAUUAAAUAAGCGGGUAUUGUGGAAGAAAGUGUUGUUUUUUAUUCUGCUCCUUCCGGCAAUUGUGAUAGUGUUCUUAAUAUUGAAAAACUCUACUUAUUUGAUAUCAGAAUUUAUUUUAGUGCCAAACAAUACAUCUCAGUUUGAACAGUGUGACAAAAUGGAAAGCAUCGGUCAAAAGCGUAUUCCAAAAAUAAUUCACCAAGUGCAUGGAUUUAAAGAUUUACAAAUGAACACAGAUCAUUUAGAUAAAAUAAAAACUUGGAAAGAACAGCACAGUGAUUAUAUAUACUAUCUAUGGAACGCCACAACAGUCAACAGAUUGAUACAAAAUGAAUACAAGCACCUGUUUCAUCUUUUUACGUCAUAUGGCUCGUGGAUUCAAAGAGCUGACGUAGCACGUUACGUCAUACUGCAUUAUUAUGGUGGAUGGUACAUUGAUUUGGAUGUGCGUUGUAAAGCUGGAUUGCAGGACCUUGUAUUACAAGCAUAUUUUGAAAAGAAGACAGGAAUAUUUCACACCACAUAUCCUGCCGGAAUCUCAAAUGAUAUAUUUGGAAUCACUCCUCAUCACCCAUUCCUGAAAUCUGUGUUAGACAACCUGCCAAAUGCAAACCGGUGGUAUCUUUUACCUCACUGGAACAUUCUAUUAUCUGCAGGUUCAACCUAUAUGUGGGGCCGCCUUUUAAACUACCCAUGCAAAGAAAAUUUGAUUGUGCUAGAAAAAGAUGAAUAUGAGAAAUAUUUUCAAAUUGAACACGAUGGUUCCUGGCAUUCAUGGGAUGAUAAAGUUGGGCUCAUGCUGUUAAAUGUUUUACAGUAUAAAUCUUUACUGACGACAUUAAUGGUGCUUUUUUGCUUAAUAGUUGUGGUUUGUGUUCGGUUAACCUGCAGCUCGAAACAUUUGACUCUUAACGGUUUCAGUCCCAAAUAGUGGCGAUUUUUUUCUGGAUUGUAUAUUAAAAAUGUAUGGUUGAAAAUAAUAUAAGAUGAUAAAGCGUGGUGUGGCAGGGCACGGCAUAACAUAGCAUAGCAGGACAUAGGAUGGCAGGACAUAGCAUACAUGAUAAAGUAGUGUGACACCCCAGUCAUCAAUCAUUGAUCGGUUGUUGUUUUUAGCCAAAUAAUGGAAAUAACCGAUGACAAAGUACCGAUAUCACCCACUGGUAACUUCUAUUUGCGGAAAUUUCAGUUUUAUGGAUGAAGAAAAAACCUACUAGGAUUUGUUAUUCUCAAUUGGUGAAAAUAUUUUAUAAGUGAACGAUUAACUACUACCUGUCUUCAACCGAUAUCGACGAUGGGUCACCGAUAAACAACCGAUCAAGUAAUAUUUACCACCGGUAGAAAAAAAAGAUGAGAAUAAAAAUGAAGGAUUUCGUCCAUAAAACACAUGCCCAUCACCUACUUUACACAGAAAACUAGAAAUAAAGUCUCGCACGAUAUUUGAUUUCAACAGCGAGAAAAUUCAAAACGAAAUAAUCGAUUCGGGCCUGGGGUGUAUCAUAACAUAACGUUACUUUAAAUGAUAUACAUUUUGUAUUUUAUAAAAUAUUGUAAUAUUGCUCAUAAUGUAUUAUGUUCCUGAUAUAUCAAUAUUUAUUACGAUUUGCCCCACAAACAUUGUUGUUGGGCAUCUAUAUUUAUAUCACGUUGUCCCAUUGCUUCCUUUCCAGAUACAUGCCAAGUAAGUCAAAGCUCAAAAAGCUACCCCCUUUUCUACUAAGUGCGUCAUUGUCAGGGGGUAGUGGGUGGUGCUUGUUAUCUUAUUUGAAGCGAUAUUUCUAGUUUUAUGCUAUUUUAAUGUAUACAUAUUUUUGCAAUAAAAUUCGUAUUAACAUUA